UCCUAUGACUGGUGUAAUGACCCGACAUUGCUGAAUGCUGAUUUGUCAAGAACCCAGAUGGAAAUGUUGUCUGUUUGUGCUGGUAAGGGUGUAAAUUUACGAGCUUGGGAUCUCCUUCUUCUCCAAGGAGUUAGCCUCAGAAAGUAGGAAGUAAGAACCAGAGCACAGGAAAGGAAACAUCAAUGGCGUCAGGCAGCAUUACCGUUUCCUGGGAGCUUCUGCUGGUUUUUGUGUCCAUAGCCGCGGCUUCUGUGGUGGUUUCGGGGACGGCAACGGAAGAAGUGCCUCUUAUGCGGAGUCAUGACGGUGGCGGUUUCAGCAGAUCAUUCCAUCGGAUUUUUGAUGCUUCCGAGUAUGGGAUUCUUCAGCUCAAGAACGGGUUGGCUCAGACUCCCCAGAUGGGAUGGAAUAGUUGGAACUUCUUUGGCUGCAACAUCAAUGAAACAGUGAUCAAGGAAACUGCUAAUGCGCUUAUUUCGACCGGCCUUGCUGACUUGGGCUACGUGUAUGUCAAUAUUGAUGAUUGCUGGUCAUCUGCAGCACGAGACUCGAAGGGUCGAUUGGUUCCUGAUCCAGAGACUUUUCCUUCGGGCAUAAAAGCCUUAGCUGAUUACGUGCAUGGGAAAUACCUCAAGCUCGGGAUUUAUUCAGAUGCUGGGGUCUUUACAUGUGAAGUUCGACCAGGUUCCCUCUACCAUGAAAAUGAUGAUGCAGAGCUCUUUGCUUCUUGGGGGGCAGACUACUUGAAGUACGACAACUGUUACAAUCUUGGCAUCAGUCCACUGGAAAGAUAUCCACCUAUGCGGGAAGCUCUAAAUGCGUCUGGACGCACGAUCUUCUACUCUAUUUGUGAAUGGGGAGUUGAAGAUCCUGCAUUAUGGGCACGUGAUGUCGGGAAUAGCUGGCGCACAACUGAUGACAUCAACGACUCUUGGGUGAGCAUGACCAGGAUUGCUGAUCUGAACGACAAGUGGGCAGACUAUGCAGGACCUGGAGGAUGGAAUGCAGAUCCAGAUAUGUUGGAAGUGGGCAAUGGAGGCAUGAGUUAUCAGGAAUACCGUGCUCAUUUCAGUAUAUGGGCUUUGAUGAAGGCCCCCCUUUUAAUCGGUUGCGACAUCAGAAACAUGACAGCAGAGACUUUCGAGCUUUUAAGCAAUAAGGAGGUCAUUGCAGUGAACCAGGAUCCUCUGGGAGUUCAGGGAAGGAAGAUUCAACUUUCUGGACCGGAGGGCUGUCAUCAGGUAUGGGGCGGGCCUUUGUCGGGACAUCGGUUGGUGGUCGCUUUAUGGAACAGAUGCUCAAGAGCCUCAAUAAUCACGGCUAGAUGGGAAUCCCUCGGGCUUGAAUCUAGCACCAGUGUUUCCAUUCAGGAUCUGUGGCAGCACGAAGAAGUCGCAGAAAAUGCAGUAUCAUCCUUUAGCUCUUGGGUCGAAGCUCAUAACUGUCACAUGUAUAUAUUCACGCCUUGGUCGAUAUCUAUCUCCGACAUAUAGAGCUAGUUUCACCAAAGUUUUGGCCUUCAUGCAACUUGAUCGGGAACCUAGACCAGAAAACUGGUGAAAUUCCGGGCAAUUUUCAGCCCAGGGCUCUCAUUUCAACGUGAAACGAGUAUUAUAUUGAGAUUUGCCCAAUAUUGUCACCCCUCAAACAUGUUCGUUUGGU